UAUCAUUUAUAUUUCCUUAUAUGAGUGGGGAAGAUAAAAAUAAAGACAAGAAUGUAAUAACGAUCAAUCUUUUACCAGUGAUUAUUUGGCUGUGGUGAGAAGUAGAUACAAUAAAAAUCAUUAUAUAAGUUAUAAAAAUGUGUGAACGGGACGCAGCAACUAAAGAAAAUGAGGUCCAAGUAUUCAAAGGGAGAGUAAAGGAUAAUAUCUUAUUAGGACCGGAAUAUCCAAUACAUAGAGAACCUGAAAAUAUAGGUGAAACGAUGUUAAAGACCUUAAAAAGCAAGCCUGAUUUUGUCGGCCAGGUAGAUGCUAUUACGGGGAGACAAACCACCUAUGCCGAAAUGAGUGACCUGAGUAUUAAAUGUGCACUUUGGUUGAAAAAGCAAGGCGUGAAGUCAGGUGACAUAAUCGGUCUUUGUACUGAUAAUAAUUUGGAAGCAAUUACAAUAUUGUUGGGCAUUAUGUAUCUAAACGGAAAAUGCAAUACGUGGGACCAUGAACUUUCUUUAACGACCGCACGAUACUUUCUCUCUCUGACAUCACCAAAAAUAAUUUUCACGGUCCCGUUAUCAGCCGUGAAUUUAACAGAAGCAGCAAAAGAGCUGAAAAUGGAUGUAAAGAUAGUAAUUAUUGGCAAGCUAGAUGGAUAUGAAUCGCUAGAUGAUGUUUUAAGGGGUCACGAUAGUCGCGAGAUUGUCGAAUUCAAGUGUACUCCGAUCAGCGACCCGGACGAAGUUUGUCUUAUUGUUCUUUCUUCAGGUACUACAGGUAUGCCAAAGGCUACAGAGCUCUCGCAUUCCUCUUUGCACAAUCACCAGCCUGCUGUAAGAGUUGCCGAAAUGACUGGCCACAUUUGCAUGUUUACACCGACAAUACGUUGGCAAUACGGCAUAACGCUCGCAUUUAAGGCCCUUCUGGCGUAUGCCACUAGAAUUGUUGCGCCAGAUAUUGUGUCAGACGACGAUGCGUGUAAUGAGUAUUGCAGCUUCAUCGAGAAACAUCGAGUAACGUUUUUUGCUUCCGACCCAUUCGUUCUGAUUCAAAUGGCUAAAACGGAUGUGUUAGAGAAAUAUCGAUUGCCAACGUUAAAGCUCCUUAUUUCUGGUGGUUCCGUUCUCCCGAAGCAUCAUCAAGAAACAUUAAUAAAAAAGUUACCACAUGUUGCAAUUAGUAAUAGUUAUGGAACUACCGAUUCAGGGGGUGAAAUCGCUAGCCAAUAUGAGAACAGUAAACUAGGAUCUGUUGGUUUUCUUGCACCUAAUGUUCAAGUAAAAAUAACAGAUAUUAAAACCGGCAAGGCCUUAGGAGUUAACGAAGUUGGAGAAAUACGUGUUAAAGUGCCAUUUGUAAUGAAUGGCUACUAUAAGAACCCUGUAGCAACCAGAAAAGCUUUCGAUUCUGACGGUUGGUUGUGCUGCGGCGAUAUGGGAUACUAUGACGAAGACGGUGAGCUCUUCAUCGUUGGUCGAAUAUCGGAUUUCAUUCUUUUCAGAUCGAUCAACGUCUCGCCCGCGGAAAUCGAAACUGUUUUACAGACUCAUCCCGAUGUAUUCCAGGCGGCGGUAAUAGGAAUACCUCAUGAAAUUGAUGAGCAACGUCCUAUGGCUAUCGUUUCUGUGAUGCCAGGUAAAACGAUAACAGAGCAAGAACUUAUCGAUUUAGUGGAAAAGAAUUUGCCCGAUUACUGUAAACUCCGAGCUGGUGUCAGGUUCAUAGAUCAACUUCCUCGUACAACUACCGGUAAAAUUGCGAAGAAAAAGUUGCAAGAAAUGUUCGCAAAUUAAAUUGCGCUGCAUUAGAUAUACAUUAUUGAAAUAACAUGUAUGUAAGUGUCGGAAAAAUUUAAAGUUUCACAAUCUUAUAAGAUACAAUAGAUAGAACACAGAAAUUAUUUGAAAAAUUGUAUGCAUGUAAAAUUUAUUUUGUAGAAUUACUGAUUACUUAUAAA